AUGGCUGCUGCCACCCCUGCUGCCGGCGCCAGGGAACCUAAGUCCCUCAAUGAAUUGCUCCCGAGAGGCGAUGCGGAGAAACCUGAGGAAGAGUUGGAAGAGGACAAUGAGGAGGAGCUAGAUGAGACCCUGCCAGAGAGACCCUGGGGUCUGACGGAGAUGUUCCCGGGGAGGGUCCAGUCCGCUGCCGGGGCCACUUUUGAUCUCUCCCUCUUUGUGGCUCAAAAAAUGUACAGGUUUUCCAGAGUGGCUUUGUGGAUCAGGGCCACUUCCUUUGUGAUACUGGUUCUUCCCGUUGUCUUUGAGACUGAGAAGUUACAAAGGGAGCAACAGCAGCCAACGCAGCAGCGGCAGAUGCUUCUAGGGCCUAACACAGGGCUGUCAGGAGGAAUGCCAGGGGCUCUGCCUUCACUUCCUGGAAAGAUCGAGGUUGCUACUGCUAUGUUUGAGACGUCUUGA